GAAUUGUGUCAGUGUUUGUAUUGGUGUGUGAUUGUUUGGUGUGUGUGUGUUUCACUGAAUAAACAGUUGUCUAGUUGAGUUUACCAUCAGUCAUGCCAACCAUAUCCGUUAUUAUUAUAUCCAAUAUUCUAAUUCCUUAUUGGCUUCCUUGUCUCACUAACUUAUAUAUUUUUUCAUUUAUUAAUUGUUUAUUUUGUUGAUUUUUGUUUUCUCCCUUUGUUUGUCAUUCUUUCAUACAAUUUCUUGUUUCUUUAUUUUUCUGCCACAGCUUUGCCAGUUAUUUCAUAUUGUGAUUUAUACAAUACACAUUACUUUUUGCAUAGCGUCAGGCUGAAGCACGUGCGCGCACACACACACACACACACACACACACACACACACACACACCUGAAAUAGUGAUGCUCCAGGGCUUCUGUUCGCGUUUGUUUUACUGGCGCAUGCUGUGAUUGGCAGGAAUGUUGUUAGAAGGUUCAAAAUGAACCGUGUUGGCUUUUGCCCUAAUGUGAUUGGCUGGAGGUGUGGAGGUGUGGUGUCUGAUUGGUCUGAGUCCCUUCCUUGGAAACUCAGAGCGCCUAGUUUCUUUCUCAGGACUCCAGGUUUAGAUCUGUAAACUGUAAUUUGGAGCUUCAGAAACCAACACUGUACUUUUCCUCUCAGAAUGAAAGGCAUCUUCUUACUAUACUGAGCUACAGUAAUUAACUCUUUUGGGUGUGCGUGUGUGUGUAUGAGAGAGAGAGAGAGAGAGGAAGGAAUGCGCCUUCACUUUGCCGUGAGCAUAGGACUGGUUUCCCAUCCAGUAGAAGAAGGGACGAGGAAAAAACAAUACAGCAGCAGUAGAAGUCAUGAACUGAUGGAUGGAUGGAUGGACAAAUUGCUAGCAGAUUAAGGAGUCAAAAGUAAUAAGUGUGUUUGUGUUUGAUUAAGCCUGGCUUUUGCAACAUCAUAAGCUAUGAUGGAUGCGUAGGAGGAUGUGUUUUUGUAAUCUGUUUUGGCUACGUUUUUUUUUUUUUUUGGUGUUGCAAGGCCAAUCAGAAGCUCAGGACUCAGUGGAAUCGGGACUGUCCCGAUCGCUCGGAAGUUUUGACAUCAUGGAAAUCUGAUGAACGAUUGACACUUGGGGAACUUGGUGACAGUUUUGUUCUCUGUGUAUUUUUAGUGUCCACCUCAGUUCGAGGCCUGAGUCAUUUGAGGUCAUAGACUGACAAAGGGAUGAGUAAGACCUUGCGCUGUAUGGAGACGCUUUGCCUCUGCCAUUUCCCCAUAUUCAAUCAUCUAGACUGGGUUGUGAAUGGACUUGGAACUGUUUCAUGAAGCUUUUUAAAAGUUUUUUUUUUUUUUACGGUGGAUUAGCAAAUUCUUUUGGGGACAGUGGAGAUUUUUAUUUAUUUAUUUAUUUAUUUUACUCUGAACCAACACAUUUUCCAAGGGACAUUUCCCAUGGACUAGCAUUAAUAUCUAUAUAUCAGAGUGAUUGCUCUGACUGGAAUAAGCUCACAGGACAAGUGUCUUCUUGGAAACGAAGUCAACUGAAAAGAAGACUAAUAUGGGAAAUACAGGUGGGAGAAACCAAACAUCAUCGACAGAGGCUGACCUGAUUUGGUUAGCAAAGCAGGAGAAGAAUGCAGACUCUCAGAGGUCUCAUAUCUCUACAUUCACCAUGAAGCUGAUGGAUAAGUUCCAUUCGCCCAAGAUCAAGCGCACUCCAUCCAAGAAGGGCAAACAGAGUGCUCCCGAGCCGGCCAUCAAGAGCACCGAGAAACCUGUUAACAAGAAGGUGAGCCGAUUGGAGGAGCAAGAGAAGGAGGUGGUGAGUGCACUGAGAUACUUUAAGACCAUCGUGGACAAGAUGUCAGUGGACACCAAAGUUCUCCAGAUGUUGCCUGGCUCUGCUAGCAAAGUCCUAGAGGCCAUUCUGCCCCUCAUGCAAGUGGAGGCAAGGAUCCAGCACAGCUCUGCCGUAUCAUCCUGUCAUAAUCGUGUUUAUCAGAGUUUGGCGAAUCUCAUUCGCUGGGCCGACCAAGUGAUGCUGGAGGGCAUCGACCUAGAUGACAAAGAAACUGUGGCGACUGUUACUGCAGUGAUAAAGGCCGUGCUGGAUGGAGUAAAGGAGUUGGUGAAACUCACCAUAGAAAAACACGAGCAGCCAUCCCCGACAUCGCCUAGCAAGCCAGCGCCCCCUGUGGCCAAAGCAGAGAGCGUGUGUGAGAUGCCUCUAACUGAGCGGGAAAAGGAGAUCCUCAGCAAGACCACGCCCCCAGAUAGCUUGACGAACAUCUUGGAAGAGGAAGUAGCGCCGCCCAAACCUCCUCUACCAGGGUUGAAGUUAGCAGAGCACAGGAGCAGGAUGCAGUCAUGCUUCAGUCCUGUGGUGACGGAAAUCCCACCCGCUCUGCCUCCAAAGAAGCGCCAGUCAGCCUCCUCGCCCACCCGCAUAGCCGUGGUAGCACCCAUGAGUAGAACGAACUGUGGCCUCAACCUGCAGCAUGGAGCUCUCAAACAGCAACAGGAGUAUGAGGUCGAACUAUUGCAGAGGCGCUUCUCUGGCGGCAGCCAGUCAUACGGUGGGGAUUCACCUCGCCUCUCACCCUGCAGCAUUAUGGGGAAGCUGAGCAAAUCAGAUGAGCAGCUUUCCUCACUGGAGAGGGACAGCGGCCAAUGCUCACGCAACACUAGCUGUGAGACGCUCGAUAACACAGACGGAUACGACCCUGACUACGACUUCCUCCAUCAGGAUCUCUCAGUGUCCGAGCCUUUGCCAUUUCCCACGGUUCCCAGCAGCUGCUUAAGCCCCCUCCCAGAAUGCCUCAGUGAGACCCCCGUGACGUCUCCUGGCCCAGCACAACCUCGCUUCAGCGCCCCGGUUGCCCCAAUCAGCUCUGCGGGAGCAUCCAACGGAGAACGGCCCCCUGCACUUCCACAGAAAAAGAGGCGCUCCGCUCCCAUCCUGUCAUCCUGCCAGCUCUACGAAUUCCGUCCCUCUGAUGAAGACACACCCACUUCGUUGUUCACACCCACUUUGACCAACGGCACUGAACUGUCGUCCCCAAGCGACAGCCCUCCACCUCUGCCAGAAAAGAAGUGCAGAACAAUCCUCCAGUACAUGCAGUUUGUGGAGGAUUACUCAGAACCACAGCCAUCCGUCUUCUAUCAGACUCCUCAGAGCGAGAGAAUCUACGAACAGCGCAGGAACAAACGAUUCCAAGAAGUUUAUGGGUCCAACGACAGCUACGAGACUCCGCCCCCUCCGGCCCUGCCGCCGAAACAGCGGCAGCUGGCAUCUCACUCUUCCUCUCCCUCCUCCUCUUCCUCCUCCUCUCUUUCGCUCCUCCCUCCCUCCGCUGGUGUUCCGGAGGAGGCGGAGUCUGCUAUUGGCCUCAGCCUGUCUGUGUCUAACUCCUUCCUUAGUGGCCACGCCUCUUUAACCACACCCACGAGUGAGAGUGCAAACGAUGAAGGCGUAGAAGGAGAAGGAGAGUAUGUGAACCUGUACUCCACCUCACAGGCUAAUGGAGAUAGCACACACCACUCAGACCCGAUCACACACUGUGAUGUAAUUCAUGACUCCACUGCUCACAUACCACCGCCCAAGGAAGGAAGCAAGGCAGCCUUGACCAAAGAAAGGUUAAAGUCAGCAGACUCGAGCCAUGUCAAAGAGGAGGUUGAUGAGCUUUCUCUCGUUGAUCACAAAGAGAUCAUGAGUCGCAUCACUCUUAAAUCUGAGGGGGAUGACGGCCCUGACGUCAGAGCUGGCUCAAGCGAUAUUCUCUUAGUACAUGCUACAGAGACAGAUCGCAAAGAUCUGGUGUUAUACUGUGAAGCCUUUCUAACUACAUACAGAACCUUCAUCACUCCUGAAGACCUCAUCAAAAAACUACAUUACAGAUACACUCAUUUCUGCCAUAGUCCGGACACAUUUAAGAAGCGUGUCAGUAAGAACACUUUCUUCGUGCUGGUGCGGGUGGUGGAUGAACUGUGCGUGGUGGAGCUGACGGAGGACAUCCUCAGGCAGCUGAUGGAUCUCGUGUUCCGGCUGGUAUGUAAUGGCGAGCUGAGUCUGGCUCGCGUCCUUCGCAAAAACAUUCUGGAUAAAGUGGAACAGAAGAGGAUGCUGCAGCACACACACAUCCUCCAACCAUUAGCGGCACGAGGGGUCUCGGCCAGGCCAGGCACACUGCAUGACUUUCGCAGCCAUGAGAUCGCUGAUCAGCUUACACUUCUGGAUGCAGAGCUCUUCUACAAGAUUGAGAUUCCAGAGGUUCUUUUGUGGGCGAAGGAGCAGAAUGAGGAGAAGAGUCCCAAUCUGACUCAGUUUACAGAGCACUUUAACAACAUGAGCUACUGGGUGCGCUCAAUAAUCAUCCAGCAGGAGAAAGCUCAGGACAGAGAGAAACUUCUGCUCAAAUUCAUCAAGAUCAUGAAGCACUUGAGGAAGUUGAACAACUUUAACUCGUACUUGGCCAUCCUGUCGGCUUUGGACUCUGCACCAAUCAGGAGGCUUGAGUGGCAGAAGCAGACAUCCGAGGGACUGGAGGAGUACUGCACCUUGAUUGACAGUUCGUCCUCUUUUCGAGCUUAUAGAGCGGCAUUGGCUGAUGUGGAGCCUCCCUGCAUCCCUUAUCUCGGGUUGAUCCUGCAGGACCUGACCUUCGUACAUCUGGGAAAUCCAGACCUGAUUGAUGGGAAAGUGAACUUCUCCAAGCGCUGGCAGCAGUUCAACAUCCUGGACAGCAUGAGGCGCUUCCAACAAGUACACUACGAGUUGAAGAGGAACGAUGACAUUGUGGCGUUCUUCAAUGACUUCAGCGACCACCUCGCCGAAGAGGCGUUAUGGGAGCUUUCACUGAAGAUCAAACCACGCAACAUCACACGCCGCCGGACUGAGCGUGACGAGAAAACCUAGGGGACGUUUCAAGUGAGGGAAAAUGCCUCUAGAAACUUUUCCAGAGAGCACGGAGUUUUCAGUGAUGGAAAAAAAAAACACAUGCAAGACUUUAAUGAACAGAGUGGAGCAAAGGCAAUAUUUCUCAAGAGAUGAGUAAUAUACUAAUAUAUGCAUACAUACACACACACACCCACUGGAAGACUUAACUUAUAUUAUACAUAUAUUUGAAUGUGUGUGUGUGUGUGUGUGUGUGUGUGAGAAAGAGAGAGAGAGAGAGAGAGAGAGAGAAAUAUGGAGUGCUUGCUUGUUCUGAAUCACUGUGUCUACAUCAGCGAUGAACACUAAAGAGGCUCACACCAGAAGGUUGGGGUUACCCAUAAUGCCCCACUGCUGGGGCUCCCUGUUAGGAAAAGGGAAAAAAAAAAUGUGUGUGUGUAUGUGUGUGGCCCCCUUAUUGCCAUGUUUCUGGAGUAGUUACUCCAGCUCCAUCACAAACACACUCCUGACUCAUGUUGCCAGGCAACAGACUUACAGUGACAUUUCGAGUGUUUUUUUUUUUAACUCUCCUUUUUUUGGCAUCAUCUGUGUGUGAUAUAUUGUAUAUGAUAAGCGUAUGAUGAUGUACAGGUGCGUAUACUCCUCAUAUAUAAAUAAGAGAUGUUUCUUUUUAUUUUAAACUAAAUUUAUGCACUAAAAAAGCAAAAAGACAAGGACUGAACAUGCUGUGAUCUCUGUAAAUGUGUAUGUAUGGGUGUGCACUUGCAAGAAUGUUUGCAAGAGAAAAGUUGUUUGUGUGUGUGUGUGUGUGCGUGUGCGCGCGUGCAGGCAUGUCUGUUUGUGUCACUUCUGUUUACUGACUCCUGGGAAUUACUUUUGUUAUGCUCACCACACCACAUAUUGUGCUUUUCUCCCUGAAUAAAACUACUCUUUCUAUAUGUGUGCAUGUGUGUGUGCAGGUGUGCACACUCAAUCCCAGCAGAUUUGAAGAGGACCCCAAGACACUUUUCUUUUUUUUCUUGUUGUUGUUUUUUUUUUUUUUCAAAGACAGAACCUGAAAAGCUAAAGUAAGGUUUCUAAAUUGCCCAGUUUCAAAAGUUCCACUUAGUAGUCAAAUUACUUCACAAUUUUGUAAGUAAGGAAUAAAACAUGACAGAGCGUGCUAUAGGAAAAUGACAAAGGGGUGGUGUGAUGCAGCCUGGUGCGUUGAUUGAUUUCCUAUAACAACAUAUCCCGAAGCGUUUUAUUCCUCUUAUACCACAGCAAUUUGCCAAUUAUUAUCAUAUUUUUAUAGUUGCAUUUAAUGUUGUGGAAUAUUUGUGAAUCAAGUUUGUUCCUGUUAUCGCUUUCUUGAGGUUAAUAAGACAAUGUUACUGAGAAACCACAGUCCUCUGUCCUUAAGACUCUUGCGUGUCUGAAACGUAAAGUUACAGCUUUACCUACACAGAGCUGACACUGGUGACUCCUGCUGUUAUAGAAAAUUAAUCAUGUCUACACGUAGGAAUAAAUAUGCAAAUUAAAAAAAACUACCCCCCUACCCAGGUUAAGGCAAUGUUAACUAUGGUGAACUGCACUAUUACAAAUAAAUAAAUAAAUAACCCUGACUCUA